GGGAGAAAAGAAAAGAAAAAAGAAAGCAAGUUAAUGUGGCCCAUAACAUGUCUAUUCAAUAGCUCCAUGAUUUGAUUUGCAUCUUCUUCCACUCUCUCCCACACUCUUCUUCUCUAUUCAUUUCACCUUCCCUUUGAAAAACAUUUUGCCUUAUUUAGCAAAAUAAAGUUCUAUAUCAUUUUGAUCCAAUACAAACCCAAAAGGAAAACAAAGAAAGAAGAAGGGGAAAAAAAUGUCAAUCGAAGGAUCAAUUAGCAAAGAUUUUUCAGAAGGAUCUUCAUCAAGUUCUGGUGGUGGAAGUACUCAUGGAUCAACAACCCCAAGUAGAUAUGAAUCACAAAAAAGAAGAGAUUGGAACACAUUUUGCCAAUAUUUGAAGAAUCAAAGGCCACCAGUUCCUCUUUCUCAUUGUAAUUGCAACCAAGUAUUGGAAUUUUUAAGGUACCUCGAUCAAUUUGGUAAAACAAAAGUUCAUAUUCAAGGUUGUAUGUUUUAUGGACAGCCUGAGCCACCUGCCCCUUGUACUUGUCCAUUAAGACAAGCUUGGGGAAGUUUAGAUGCUUUAAUUGGGAGAUUAAGAGCUGCUUAUGAAGAAAAUGGUGGUUCUCAAGAGACUAAUCCUUUUGCUAGUGGUGCAAUUAGGGUUUAUCUUAGGGAUGUUAGGGAAUGUCAAGCUAAAGCAAGGGGAAUUCCUUACAAAAAGAAGAAGAAGAAGACUAGUACUAUUAAUCAAACCAAAGGAGGAGGUCAUGAUGAUCAAGAUUCUAGCUCAACCUCCAUGAUGCACUUUGUGCCUUGAGCAUCUCUAUCAAACCCUAUCUCCCUUUCUCAAAACUAUUUACAUAUGGGAAUAUAUAUUAGAGAUGAAGGGACCAAGGACAAGUGAAGAACUGAGAGAAGAAAUUUGAUCAUAAGAUAAAAUAUAAAAUUAUAUUUUAAGUGGAUUGGGGGGAUAGAAUCUCUAUCAAAUUCUAUUAAAGCCAAUAGUACUUAUGAUCAGAGAGUUUUCAUUUCCCCUUAUGCCUUUUGAAUUUUUCUCAGCUUUUGAUAUAUCACAAAACUCUCAAUGUGUACUUAAUUUGGCUGAGCUUUGUAAUAUGUGUGCUGUGUGCAUGCUUGGUUUGUACUCUUUUAUCCUUUAACUUGUGCUUUCUUUGCCUCUUUCUAUGCAACUUGUAAUGGCUAUUAAAGAGAUGCUUACUUAGCAUGAUCAUUAUUUGAAUCA